AUGGCUGAACUUUUGAUGGAAUGUGAGGAGGAAGAACUUGAACCGUGGCAACAACAAGAAAAAGAUAAUGAAGAAGAUGAAGACGAUGAUGAACCUAUCUUUGUUCGUGAAAUUAGUGGUUCAAACACCACCAACACAGGCAAUUCUUCAGGGGCCCAGCCUGCUUCACUUGGAAGGGCUGAGAAUGGAACACCUGGUAGAGGCACCAACACUACAUUUCAGUCACCAAAUAAGAACUACAAACCCACUACUGCAGCACACAAUGUUGCUAAUGUCAGUCAACCGGUUGCACCUAUGUAUCAGCCUGUUACUAGACCAGCAAUUAGUUCUGCCAUUGUUCAACCACUACCAAGACCUGUUGGCAUGCAAGAACCAGUAAGGAGACCUAUUGGCGGAGGACUUCCUUUUCAGCAGCCACCCAGACCAGUUAUGCAGCCUAUUUGCAGGCCGUUGGCAUUCACGCCAAACAGUCCACCAGUUUGUCGAAACAUCACAUUUCCUACUGUGUCACAACAGCCGCUUCGACCUGUUGCCACCAUCCCUGCACAGCCUGUAAUGUUAAACCAGGGUUAUAUUAUGACCUCCUCCACAGGUUUCUGCUAAUAACUCUCAUAACGUAAUGUAUGCUUUGCGGCC